GGGAUAUUAAUUUCAGGAUUUGAUUAAUUAUUUUUGAUUAAGUUAUCAUUUAAUCACUCUUGUUAUUAGUAUUAUUAUUUAUUUAUUUUUAUUUUUUUGUAUUAGUAAGUUGUAUUUACGUUCCCACUCCUGAUCAGUUGGUGGCGGUAAAACACAAACUCCACACGAAGAAGAAGAUGUUAGCUCUGCCUCGGGCUAAAGCUAAAAACACUCUGAUAAACUCUUGAAUAAACAGAAACAAACAGUGAAAAACCGGUUAAUAAACAGUGUGAGAAAAUGUGGAAGAGCCGCAGACUGAGGGUUUUGGUGCAGGAGCGGCUCUGCGCGGCCGCGGAGGAGAUUUUCGCGCUGUUUGAAGCGACGAUAGCGGAAUAUGAAGAGGAAGUGCGCCGCUCCAAGAACCAGGACCAGAACCAGGACCAGGACCAGAGGACCCGGGACAUCCUGGACUCUGCUCUGAGCCUGUCCAUAAGUCCUGGACCCGGGCUGGACCAGGACACUGCGCGGGUUAAAGAAGAUCCAGAAGAGCCGGAGGUGGAGGAGCCGGAGCUGGAGGAGCCGAGAGUGAAACAGGAGGAUCACAGAGUCUCAGUGCAGAUCUCCAUGGGCGUCUCAGAGUCCAGUGCCGCCUUUGUGAAGACCGAAGAGUCUCCGCUGCUUCAACAGAGACAAACUGAGCCCAGCGAGGACACACAGGGAGAGGACGUCAGGGCAGAGCUUCAUUCACCCUCAGAGCAUCUCAGAACCUUUAACAUGGACUAUGACGAAGACUGGACCGCUCCACUCAGAUGUUCAGCUCCACAGAUGAAGACAGAGGCUGAUGGAGACUUCCACGACCUCCACAACCUCCACCACCUCCACCAACCAACCCCAGAUCAGAGCCGGAAGGAGCACUGCACAAACCUCACAUCCACCCCCCAGAUACCAGCCUGCACCAGAGACCAGAACCACUGAGAACUCUGGAGACACUUCAGGAGACACUUCAGGAGACACGGCAGGAAACGCUUCAGGAGACAUGUUAGGAGACACGUUAGGAGACACGUUAGGAGACAUGUUAGGAGACACUUCAGGAGCGGCCGAAGGAGCUGAGGCCAAGAAAAACGAGUGCCCUGUGUGUAAGAAGAGGUUUGGGUCUGUGUGGUUUUUACGGAGACACUUCAGAGUUCACACGGGAGAGAGACCAUUCGGCUGUUCAAAGUGUAAGAAAACAUUUUCUCAGAAGUAUAAUCUGCACGUGCACCUCAGGGUGCACACGGGAGAAAAACCUUACAGGUGCUCGAUCUGUUCGCAGAGGUUUGCUCAAAAAGCUGCGCUGAUUAAACACAGACAGAAACACACCUGGGAAAACUCCUACAGCUGUUCAUAGACUGAUCUGAACAAACGUGAGAACAAACAAAGGCUAGGAGCUUUCAGCUGCUGCAUCUGUUAUGAAGGGUUUAUAAAGGCUCUGCAACUGUUUUUAAGCAUUUAUAAAUGGUGUACAUCUGUUAUAACGUGUUUAUAAAGGGUGUACAUCUGUUUAUAAAUGGUUUAUAAAGGAUGUACGUCUGUUAUAAAGGGUUUGCCCAAGAGUAAUUUAAAAAAAAAACACACACGACCGCUCAAAAGUGUGACUGAAGGAUUAUUGGUUGUGUUCAUGAGAUGUUUUAAAGCUGCACUUUUAACUUUUCUGGUGGAGGGUCUGUCACCUGCUUGUUUCUAUGGAUACAUCACUGCUCUGCCUGGAAUGUUCCACAGUGUGACAUUAAUUAAACAGCUCUACUUUACAUUUAUUCCAUUACAGGUGGAUUAAGAGCUCAAAAAUACCUAGAAAAACAAACAUUCUAACUGUGAGCGGGGUCACCUCUCCACAGAUCUGACCUGGAACUUGGUAGAGGUCUCCACGAAUAUAGAAAGGAAAAGCGUUUGAUGGACUCUCCACCACAAAAGUGACACAAUGCAGCUUUUAAAGAGCCUAGAAUUAUGUGUUGGAGUUUGUAGAAGUUUGAAGCUGCUGUCUGAACCAAAGUGUUGAAGAUUCUGCUGCUGCGCUCCACCUCUGUGUAACUCACAAGUGUCAAAUCACUUCGGACUAUUUAUAUUUAUUAUAAAGAGUUAAAUUUGCUUUUAGUUAUUUUCAAAACUUCUGAAGUGUGUGCUCAGGUUCCACAUGCAGUGUUAUAAAGAUGUAACUGAAUGAAACGUUUGUGAUUGUUUAAAAUGAUAUAAAAUGCAUUUGUAUCACAGUGCAGGCGGCAGGUGCGAGGCAGGUGAGGCUUGCUCUUUGCCCUAGAAUGUGUUAAAGUUGAAGUAGAUCUCUGUAAGAACAUCUUGCUUAUUAAAACUGUAGAAAAACACGCGUUUGUGGACGAUAUAUUUAGAGGUUUUGCUUUGAAUAAAAAUGUUUUGUGAGUGUAAA